GAGACAGUACUUCUAGAGAGAGAAGAAACAAUAAUUUAAAAAUGGCAUAAAUAAUGUAAAGGUUUUGGUUCCUGUGAUGAAAGUUUGGUCUGCUCUGCUUUCUUUCUUUUGAUUUCCUUUCCUUGGAGUAUACUUGUUCGAAGGAUUGAUGUUUGUUACUGUUCUAGCCGAUGGCUACACCAUUUGCAAGGAUGCAGCUGGGGUCGCUGGAAACAUCUUUGCUCUUGGGCUAUUUGUGUCACCUAUACCCACAUUUAGGAGAAUUAUCAGAAACCAGUCAACAGAGCAGUUCUCAGGACUGCCAUAUGUUUAUGCCCUCCUGAACUGCUUGAUCACCAUGUGGUAUGGCACAUCAUUAGUAUCUUCUGGUAAUUUAAUGGUGAUGACAGUCAAUUCAAUGGGUGCACUUUUUCAAUUAGCCUAUAUAAUCCUCUUCAUUACAUAUACCGAUAAAGAUAAGAAGAUCAGAAUGCUUGGAUUACUGCUGGCAGACUUUAGCUUGUUUGCAAUCAUUGUAGCUUGUAGCUUGCAAAUAAAGGACACAGAAAUUCGGCGUAUUGUUGUAGGAAGUCUGAGUUGUUGUUCUCUCAUAUCGAUGUCUGCUUCCCCAUUAUUCAUAAUUAAUUUAGUGAUUCGAACAAAGAGUGUUGAAUUUAUGCCGUUUUAUUUAUCCCUUUCCACUUUCUUGAUGAACGCCUCUUUUUUCCUCUAUGGAGUCUUUAAUCGUGAUCUCUUCAUUUAUGUCCCAAAUUCGAUAGGAACUAUCUUGGGGAUUGUACAAUUGGUGUUGUACUUUUACUAUAAACCUAGAAGAGAUUCCAAAGAACCAUUGAUCGCAUCAUAUGCAUGAGUGGGUCUUUGAUUAGAAAGAUGGACUAGACACAUUACUGGAAAUGAGAUAGAGAACAGAAUGAGGUCCAGACUCCAGAGGUAGAAGGUAGUGUCAAUUAAGUCUCUUCCACGGUGGGCUGCAGCUAUUUUCAUCAUGCCUCAGUUGUGAAACUAACCUUAUGGUGUAUGUUAUUAGAAACAUAAGCUGUGAUGAAACCCCUUUUUUUUUUUUUUUUUAAGUGUUUCCAAUGAUUAUUGGCUAUGUAGUUAGUCAUAUGUAAUUACUGCUACUUUGUUGGCUGAGUAUUGGCAUUAAAAUUGGAUAUUGAUU